AUGUCCAUUACAUAUCCUUCCAAUGAAUCUGAAGCACUCCUUCACUUCAAAGCAGCCUUCAAUGACUCCACAGGACUUCUCAGUUCGUGGGUAAAUGGAACGGACUGUCGCAUCAUGUGGGAUGGCGUAGUCUGCAACAAUCAGACCAAAUACGUUAUCUCCCUCAUUGUCUAUGGCCUCUACCAAGGUGUGAUCUCUGAGAGCUUAUGCCAACUUCAUUUUCUCACAUCACUCAAGAUAUUCGGAGUAAGAGCCACUCUUCCUUCCUGUUUGGGGAAUCUCACUUAUAUUCAAAUUUUAGAUCUAUCUGUCAAUGAAUUGAGUGGGAUGAUUCCCUCUUCCAUUUGUUUUCUCACCCACCUUGCAUACCUUGAUCUUGGCUUUAAUGAAUUCAAUGGAAGCAUACCUUCCUGCCUGGGAAAUCUUUCUUCUCUUUACUAUCUAGAUCUUUCGAAUAACCAGUUAAGUGGGAACAUACCGAUUUCUCUUGGAAGUCUCACUUUGUUGAGGCAUUUAUAUCUUGGAGGAAAUCCACUUAGUAAAAGCAUUCCAGAUUCUAUGGGCAAUCUCUCUUUACUAGAGAGUUUGUCUAUUGGGGACACCCAACUAAGUGGAAUUACUCCCCCUUCAUAUACUCAGCUUUCCUCCCUCGCUUCCUUGGAUGUAAGUGGGAAUCGUUUCAAUGAAACGGUCGCUUCUUCGUCACUUCCACCUUCUUUGGUUGAUCUACGGCUGUCACUAAACCAUAACCAGUCAGUUUCAGAAACUUUCUUUCACAACCUUACAAGCCUUGAGUUAUUGUAUUUAUCUGACUGUAUGCUAAAUUUUAGCUCAACUUGGAUUCCAUCCUUUCAAUUACGUGAAAUAAGCUUAGUGUCAUGCAUGAUUGAUGAUGCAUUUCCACCUUGGAUUUCAACACAAUUCUCGCUUCAUAAAUUAGAAUUAGUUAACACGGGUCUUGUGGGAGAAAUUCCGUCUUGGCUAUUGGAAACCAAUCCUCAAUUGCUAGUACUAAAUCUUUCAAGAAAUCAUCUAGAAGGAACAAUAUUUUAA